AUGCCAUUCCCAUUAAGUAUAGAUCAAUAUCUUAAUCCUUAUUAUCCAAGAUCAAUAAUACCUCAUUUUCCUAAACCAUUACAAAGAUUAUUUGGGAAACAUAAGGGACUUAAUUCAUUAAAUUCAUCAUGGAUAUUAUACCUAGAUGUUUUAAUUGGAUCUUUUAUAUCAAUUUUAUUAAUAGAAGGUGUCUUUAAACAUUCCAGUGUUUUCAAACAACAUAAUUCACCUAUAAUCAUAGCAUCAUAUGGAGCUUCAGCAAUUUUAUUAUUUAAUGCAAAUGGUGCACCAUUAUCACAACCAAGAAAUAUUAUAAUGGGUCAUUUUUUAAGUGGAUUAGUUGGUGUUAUAUUAUCAAAACUUUUCAAUUUAAGCUCUGGGGGUCAAGAUCAUUUUUAUAUUGGUGGUGCUUUAAGUGUUGGUAUUGCAAGUGUUGUUAUGAGUUUAUUUAAUUGUGUUCAUCCACCAAGUGGUGCAAGUGCAUUAAUGCCAUUAGUUGAUGAAGGGAUUAAAAGUAUGGGUUGGUGGUAUUUACCUGCUCAUUUAAUAAGUUCUGUAUUAAUGGUUUGUGUGGCUUGUAUUACAAAUAAUAUAUUUAGAAAAUAUCCAUUAUUUUGGUGGACUUCAUAUAUUAAACCUAAACCAAAAGAUGAAGAAAAACAAGUUGAAAAUAGUACUAGUGUUCAACCUUCUAUAACACCUGAAAAAUCUGGUCAAACAUUAAUACCGGCCGGGAAUAAUAUUGAUGGAAUUUUAAGAAAUAACGAAGAUAAAAUUGAAAUAACUACAAAUGAAAUUAAUUUACCAAAUGAAUUAUCAUUAACUAAUGAAGAAUUAGAAUUUUUAAAUAAUUUUAAAAAAAAAUUAUUAAAUCAUAAACACAAAUCAACUUCCCAAUAA